UUUGUUGAGCAAAAGAGGCAGCAACUCUUUUUAGCAAAACGGGAGCUUUUACAAUGAUCCACAAACAUAAGCCAACUACGAAGGAGAAUUAUGUCAUGUAACUGGUUACAAGUGGAACAUUGUUGUUAGAGGAACUGCAAUAUUUAAGAGCACCGCAAUGGGAAAUGGAGUAGUACAAAGAUGCAGAUGGAAUAUUUGGAGGACUGUCCUUUGUUUAUCUUUGCUGCUGUGCCUCGGAGAGCAGGUUUCAUCUCAGAUAAGGUACACUCUGCCGGAAGAGGGGAAAGAGGGUUCCAUAGUGGGAAAUAUUGCAAAAGAGUUUGGCCUUGAUGUCAAUACGUUGGCGAGCAGACGGUUCCGUAUCGUUUCUGGAUCAAAAGACGCAUUCUUUAAAGCUAAUCAGGACAAUGGUGUGUUGUAUGUACAGAAGAAAAUAGACAGAGAAGAGCUGUGUGGCGAAAAUAUAAUUUGUUUGAUAAAUCUUAAAAUUGCUGUUGAAAAUCCACUAGAAAUUCAUCACGUUGUGGUCGAAAUAACGGAUAUCAACGAUAAUGUUCCGAGUUUUACUGAAACGCAUCAGCAUCUUGAGAUAGCGGAACAUACUUCGAUAGGAACGAGCUUCCAGUUGCACACAGCUCGCGACCAGGACACGACUCCAAAUUCAAUUCGAAAUUAUAAGUUAAAUCAGAAUGUCAACUUUGAAAUUGACACCAAGAACAGCGACGAGGAUAAAAUACCAUUCUUGGUUUUACGAAAACCUCUUGAUCGGGAACAAACGGCUAAUUAUUAUUUGUUUGUAACAGCGGAAGAUGGUGGAAAUCCUCCCAAAACAGGUACUCUUAAUAUCACUGUUAAAGUUCUUGACUCAAAUGAUAAUCGCCCUGUCUUUAGUAAAAGCUCAUAUUCUACUACAUUACAAGAAAACGCUCCACUUGGCACAACCGUUAUUACAAUAAACGCAACUGAUCCUGAUGAGGGCUCCAACAGUGAUGUUGAAUACAGUUUUGCCAAAACUUUGAAGCGUACAAUUCACGAUGUUUUUCAAUUAGAUAGCAUUACAGGGGAGAUACGAGUUAUAGGUGAAGUAGACUUCGAGAAUACAGAGGUUUACAAACUAGAUAUCCAGGCUUCUGACAAAGGCCAGCCUCCUCUGACUGUGGAGAGCAGAGUCAUCAUAAGGAUUGUAGAUAUAAAUGACAAUAAACCAGAGAUUGAAGUGACAUCACUAUCAAAUGUCAUUGCGGAAGACUCCACACUCGGUACAGCAAUUUCCCUCAUCAGCGUAUCAGAUAAAGACUCUGGAAUCAAUGGAAAAGUUGUAUGUAGUCUUUCAAGUGGUGUCCCGUUUGAACUGAAACCUUCUUUUCAAGACAAUAUGUAUUCAUUAGUAACGAAAGAAAAAUUAGACCGUGAGGCGGUAUCACAUUACGACAUCACUAUAACAGCCACAGACUUGGGAAGCCCAUCGUUAUCCAGCUUUAAAAAGAUAAGCGUGCUGGUAUCAGACGUAAAUGAUAAUAGACCAGAAUUUCUUCAAAGUUCCGUUUUCUUGUAUUUGAAGGAAAAUAACACUCCCGGCACAUCCAUUGUCUCAGUUAGCGCAUUUGACAAAGAUUCUGAUGAUAACGCAGCCAUAUCAUAUAAUAUUAUCAGAAGUGACGGAGGACAAACCAAUAUGGCAUCAUUCCUGAAUAUUAACUCUGAAACAGGAGUUAUUCAGGCGCUCAAAAGUUUUGACUUUGAAACUAUUAAAAUAUUUCAGUUCCACGUGCUCGCAACAGAUUCUGGAACUCCACCACUGAGCAGCAACGUAACCGUUAACGUGUUCAUACUGGAUGAGAACGACAACGUUCCAGUGAUCUUAUAUCCACUCAGCUCUAAUGGUUCAGCUAAAGGUGUUGAGGAGAUUCCCCGCAAUGUGAACGCAGGACAUUUGGUGACCAAAGUGAGAGCCUAUGACGCAGAUAUAGGAUACAACGGCUGGUUAUUGUUUUCACUGCAGGAAGUGAGUGACCACAGUCUGUUUGGUUUGGACCGAUAUACUGGACAGAUAAGAACCCUCCGCUCAUUCACAGAGACAGACGAGGCUCACCAUAAACUGGUCAUACUGGUCAAAGACAAUGGCAACGUGUCACUUUCAGCAACAGCGAUUGUGAUUAUCAAAAUUGUGGAGCCCAAAGAGGCUUUUGCUGCUUCUGAUGUUAAAAACUCAGUAAAAGACGAGGAGGACAGCGACAUUACUUUUUACCUGAUCAUUACUCUGGGAUCUGUUUCAGUACUUUUUGUAAUCAGCAUCAUUGUACUUAUCGUAAUGCAGUGCUCACAAUCUGCAGACUAUUCCUCCAAAUACUUACAAGAUACAAAUUAUGAUGGGACACUGUGUCACAGCAUCCAGUACAGAUCUGGAGAUAAAAACUACAUGUUAGUCGGACCCAGAAUGAGUAUUGGUUCUUCUGUAGUCCCUGGAAGCAAAGGAAAUACUCUAGUCGUACCAGAUCGCAGAAGAAGAGCAUCUGGAGAGGUGAGGUUCUUUGUAAUUUUAAUAUGAUUUACCAUACAGACAUUAAAAAGCAAAAAUUAAUUUUAA